AUGCGCCGACUCUCAAGUCUAUCGGCGCUGCUAGCAGCCCUAGCAAUCCCCCUCUCCACCUCCGCCGAGCUCACCCGCCGCGAUCUCCAACCUCUCCCGCUCUCCGUCCGCGACCGCGACAUCGUCGAUGCCCGCAACGCAACAGUCGCCCUCGUAGGCGUGAACUGGGCAGGCCACGAGCGGACCAUGCUGUCCGAGGGCCUACAAUACCAAUCCGUCGCGCACAUCGUCAAGCGCAUCGCCGAGACAGGCUUCAACUCCGUCCGGCUGACGUUCGCCACCGAAAUGGUGGACGACAUCGUCGACCGGGGCGGCGACGUGGACCUCAAGACGACGCUGCAGAAUGCGCUAGGGCCGGAGAACGGUACGGCUGUCUUGAAGCAGGUUCUUAAGAAUAACCCGUCUUUCAACGAGAGCUCGAAGAGGCUUGAUGUGUGGGAUGCUGUUGCGGCGGAGCUGGGGAGGCAGAAGAUUUACGUGCAUCUUGAUAAUCAUGUUUCCAAGGCAGGGUGGUGCUGUACGCCGUAUGAUGGGAAUGGAUGGUUCGGCGACACAAACUUCAACACGUCUAACUGGGUUCGCGGACUAUCCUACAUGGCAGAGCAUGGAAAAGCUUCAAACUGGACAACCUUCACAAGCAUGGGUCUCCGCAACGAGCUUCGCGACCCCUUUUCCGCAACCCCUCCCCAGAGUCUAGAGAACACGACCUGGACGACAUGGAAGACACGCAUGGUACAAGGCGCGAACGCGAUCCACGCUGCCAAUCCGGAUGUUCUCAUCUUUUUUGGCGGGCGCAUCUUUGACUUUGACAUUUCGGCCCCGGUGCAGGGGACGUUUGCCAGCGAACCGGGCUUCAACUUCUCCAUUGCCGAGUUUUCUUUCAAGAACAAGUUUGUGUUUGAGCAGCACCAGUAUGAUCAGGGCCUUGUUGAUGACGCGUGUACGAGUUAUCGGGAUAUCCUAACGGCGUUCGGCUCUGACGUUAUGACUAUUGGGAAUAAUGGGACAACUGGGAACGGGACCAUGACGAACGGUACGAUAAAGAAUGGGACGAGUAAUCGGGCGCCGUUGGUGAUGACGGAGUGGGGGCAUGAUCAGACCGAUGAAAGCGGCGCAUUCAAGGACAAGUUCCGGAGAUGUCUAAUGGACUUCAUGGUUGAUCGGCAAGUUAGCUGGAUGGUUUGGGUCAUGGGUGGAAGUUACUACACGCGCGAGGGUGUGCAGGAUAAGGAUGAGCCUUGGGCUAUUCUGGACCACAACUGGGAUGGUUACCGCGGGAAAGCUUCCAUUAGACGACUCCAGAGCGACAUGGAGAGGACGUACGCAGCCUUUCACCAGUCUAUGCCCGAUGCUGGGCGAAGUCCUGGAAACCAGCCAAAGAGUGUUGCAACGUCAUUUUCGUGCAGCGUCUCUUUGGCUACUUUGAUGGGUAUUGUCGUCGCGGGUAUGAUCUGGGCGUAG